CCUGAUAUUGGAUAGCAUACCCCAACAUGCAUCCCAUGCCAUACUAAAGCAUGAACACUCGCAUGUACUCACUACUUAGGCACCGCUGGUAAUGUCUCAGACACCUCACGGGACACAUGCUAACGCUGUAUCCAGGAGACACCAGAAUGCCGCUUUCGGUCCUUAAUAUACCGGCUCAAAGCCGAUGAUUGGCCCCGGCCUGCCCUCUCACUCGGCGUCAUGCCGCCGAUCUGACACCAGACAUGUGAAUCAGCUUUCUGAUAUCACAUUUCUGUCCUCGUUCCUGACCCUGUCCGCAUCAUUCCGCUCCCCUAUUGCAGGUUCCGGGGCUGAUUAACCCGAACCAGAGGGACUUGGGGACACUUGGGGACCGGGUGAGCCUCACUUCUCUCUUUGUUGUACUUCUUGACCUUGGCCUCGUCAUGGAGGGGCACGGACGAUGGUGAGGGGUUGUCAGGAGACAAUGAGAGUAAUGACGUUGUUACGGUGGUAUAAGAUAGGUCAGGACCUCGUCCUGUUGAACGCGCGGGACCCUUUUUAUUCAUGUCGAGCCUUUUCUCGAAAUACGUCUGUCUCCAAACAAUAUGAGGUUUUCAAACCUGCCUCGGGGAGCACUACCCGCUAUUCUUUUCUCAGGAUGCGUCUCUGCGGUCAAGUUCCAAGAGUACAUCCUCGCUCCAAGUGACCGCAAUGUGCAAUGCAGAGACCUUCUUAACACCACUAACAAGGUUGAGAAUCCCGGUGCCCUCUGUACCGCCUCUAAAAACAACGAUGGCACCACCUUUACCGGCGACUCGGCCAUCACCAUCGAUUUCGGCAAAAACGUCGCUGGCACUGUACAGUUUAAUGUCAAGUCCGUCUCAGGCGACGCCGAGUUCAUCGGGUUCACCUUCACCGAGAGCAACAUGUGGAUCAGCACCACCCUCAGCGACUCCGCCAACGCCGUUACCUUCGACAGCCCGCUCUGGUUCCCUGUUGGUGCCGCCGGCGCCUAUGCAGCCGAUAAGACGCAUCAGCGCGGGGGCUUCCGCUAUAUGAGUCUUUGGCACAACUCCACGGGGGAGAUGGUCAUUGACUCGCUAUCAGUGAACUUCACGGCGUCUCCCGAGAUGGCGAACGCACAGGACUAUGCAGGGUACUUUAAUAGUGAUAGCGAGAAGUUGAAUCGUGUGUGGUAUGCGGGCGCGUACACGAACCAGCUAUGCACCUCGGAUCCGGCGUAUGGGAAUUCGCAGAAUGUGCCAGGGGUGGAUUGGUACUUGAAUGGCAGGUUGUCAGAGGGAACCUCGGUUCUCAUGGAUGGAGCAAAACGGGAUCGCCUUGUCUGGCCUGGUGACAUUGCAAUUUCUGGUCCAUCGAUGUUCGUGUCAACCAACAGCCUUGAUGGGGUUAAAAAUGGCCUAUCGGCUUUAUUUUCAAUGCAGGAAGCGAGUGGGCGAUUACCAUACAAUGGAAUCGGCUAUUUCCUCAAGGGCCACUUCGAUUACAGCUUUACGUACCAUCUCUACACACUUCUUGACCUGUACGAUUACUACACGUACUCGGGCGACCUGGCGUACCUAGAAAAGUACUGGCCUCAGUAUAAGCUAGGUCUUGCCAAUACGGUCAGAUUGAUUGAUAGCACCGGAAUGGCCAACGUUGACAGCCCCAACGAUUGGCUCCGGUCCGGAAUGGGCGGCCACAACGGAGAGGCAAACUCAAUCUUUUACCACACCCUCGAGAAAUCCAUCACGCUCGCUAAUGUUCUCAACGACACCGCUCUAAUCCCCACUUGGACCGCAGCCAUGUCCAGCAUCCGCACCGCCCUAAACGCUAACCUCUGGGACCCAUCCCAAAACCUCUUCUUCGACAAUGCUGAGGACAAAUCAGCCACCGCAGUCCACCCGCAGGACGGAAAUUCGUGGGCCAUCAUCGCCGGCCUUGUAACCCCUGACCGGGCAUCCGCCAUUUCCAAAGCCCUCGCGGACCGCUGGGUUCGUCCUUUUGGCGCCCCUGCCCCAGAAGCAGGGAAGGCCAUCUCACCAUUUGCAUCUGGAUUUGAGGUUCAAGCCCAUUACCUUGCUGGAGCAGCGCACCGCGCCAUCGACCUUAUGGAAUUCAUGUGGGCAGAUUUCAUGCUCGACGACCCGCGCAUGACAAAUUCCUCCCUCAUCGAAGGGUACUCCGCCGAUGGCUCUCUUCACUACCCUCCCUACGACAACGACGCCCGCGUCAGCCAUGCACAUGGAUGGGCGACUAGUCCUACAUCCGCGCUGUCGUUUUUUGGCGCGGGAAUUCAACUUACCAGCGCGAUGGGCCGGACGUGGGAGAUUCAUCCGAGGUUGGGCGGGCUAAAGAGGAUCAGUGCGGGGUAUGAGACGGGACUUGGGGAGUUUGAGGCCCAGUGGGAGGCCUCGGGGGAGGUGGUAGUGGGGAGUUUCACGACGCCGCAAGGGACGAGUGGAAGAUUGGUGUUACCGAAAGGAGAGGGAUAUACGGUUACGGGAGUGAGUGGCGUGGUGGCACCGACUGAGAAAGGGGGUAAUACCUUUGUGUAUGCGGAUUUGCCGGGUGGAACUUAUGAGAUUGCUUUGGCCUGAGUUCUGUGGUGGUGAAGCUUUGGCUGAUGAUGUGAAAAUGAAGCAGUUGUUUACCGUCUUGUGGGCUGUAGCGUGAUAGCUGGGGAAAUUAUAAGGAAGUGGGCCAUUCUUUUGAAAUAUGUUCUUACUAUUUAUUAUAUGGAGUUUCUACUAUUUAUACAGCACAAGUUUUGCG